CUAGAACGCGCGUUUCUGACAGAAGCGAUUUUGCUUUGUGUGCGUGAGAACGUUGGAGCUUGUUUCUACGACGUAUUGCUUAGACGUAUUGCCUAGACGUGUUAUCACAGAACUGCACUACGAGACUUUACCUUUUCCCUGUGAUCAGAUUCUCGUGAAAUCAACGUCAUGUGUUCCCUGGAACCAGACAGCAAGGGUUACACUACGGUGCACGGCGACGAUGUCGGUGAUGCGUUCGGCUGCACUAGGAAUAACGUUGCUCCCAUGCGGCCCUUGCAAACAGCACCUACAGAACGCUAUGCUACUCAUUAUAACAUGAAUCAUCCCAAACGUGGCUUAGCCAUCAUUUUUAACCAUGAAUUUUUUACUAUCUCACAUCUUAAACCUCGCUGUGGUACAAAUGUUGAUUGUGAGAAUUUAAGCAAUACACUGAAAAACCUUGGUUUUGAAGUAAAUGAUUUUCAUAAUUCAAAUCAGAGAGAUAUAGUGAAGAAUUUAGAAAGGGUUGCAGACAUGGAUCAUUCCCAACAUGAUUGCUUGGUAGUAGCUGUAUUAAGUCAUGGUGAACUUGGAUUACUCUAUGCUCAUGAUACUGCAUACAAAGCUGAUUCUCUCUGGCAGCAUUUCACUGCUGAUAGAUGCCCAUCUCUGGCUGGUAAACCUAAGAUGUUUUUUAUACAAGCCUGUCAGGGUGAUAAACUGGAUUCAGGUGCUACUCUGAAGGAACGUACUGAAACAGAUGGAUUGCCAACUGGAACAUUCCGUAUCCCAAGUCAAGCAGACUUUCUGAUUGCUUAUUCAACAAUACCUGGUUAUUACUCCUGGAGGAAUACUAGUCGUGGGUCAUGGUUCAUGCAGGCAUUGUGCAUGGAAUUGCGAGAAAACGGCACUCGCUAUGACCUGUUGACUCUACUGACAUUUGUAUGCCAACGUGUUGCCAUAGAUUUCGAAUCUAACACACCUGACAAUAUUACCAUGCAUCAGCAAAAACAAAUUCCAUGCAUCACUUCUAUGUUAACGCGUUUGGUAAGAUUUACCCAAUCUUCCAAUAAUGGUCUCGUAUAGUCUGCAGUAUAAAGUAAGUAAUUAUCUGUUUACUAAUCAUGUAUACAGACCAGCAUGAUAGCCUUAACAUAUUGUUCGACUGAGUUAUUAAUUUGUUAUUUAUUUAUUCAGGAUCUAUAUGUCAAAGCGAUACGUUUAUUACAGUAAUAGUUAUGUAUUAAUCUCCAAAAACAGCUAUGAACAAUUAAAAAUUAUGAAUAGUCUAAUUAAAAUAUGUGUUAAGGCUAUGUGCUGCUGAUAUAUGUAUUCAAUACACAGAUCUAAUCGUUUAUCAAAGCUGCUAAAAAUG